AUGUACAAUUUCAGAUAUGCCUGUGAAGCGUAUUUGGCUAGGCAUCUUAAAUAUCAUUAUCCCGAUAAAGAAUUUAUAUGUGAAAUAUGUGGUGCGGUCAAACCGACAUUAGAUACCCUGAAGAAGCAUGAGAAAAAGGUACACGCCCCCAAGGUGGCGGCACAGUGUAAAUAUUGUCAAAAAUGGUAUGCGACCAGGGCCCAUAUGCUAAGGCAUGUCCUCAAUAUGCACACAACCGCUGAUAAUGAACAUCGUUGUGAAAUUUGUGGUUUUGUAUCGACAACUCGAACGGCAUUGAGGCAGCAUAAACGCUUUAAACACAAUCCCGAAAAGAAACACAAAUGUACGAUGUGUGAGAAGGCAUUUAAGACGCCGACUCUUUUGAAAGAGCAUUUGGCCACACACACCGGCAUCGAUUUAUAUAGCUGUGCCUAUUGUGAGGCCUCGUUCAAAUCGAAAUCGAAUCGUUAUACCCAUUAUAGGCGUCACCAUCCGGCUGAAUAUAAUCCCACUAUUGUAAGACGUGAUUUACCAAAAGCCAUAUCAAGUUAUCAAACCACGACUACCGAUUUAAAUACGCCUCAGCAAAUUGUUUCAUGCCAGUCGUUGAAUCAAGAAGGAAAUGUUUGA